GAAAAGUGUCUUCCACGAAAACCGGUCCCUGGUGCCAAAAAGGUUGGGGACCGCUGCUCUCGAGGACCACCCUAGAGGGCAUUUUUGCCAACUAUUCCACAUUGGCCAGACAUCUCGGAAUAUACAGGAAUACAAGUGACCUGCAGAUCGACUAACCGUGGGUUUCUCACGAAAACAUGUACUGCUGGGUGGAGAGAGGCUGGGAGAUUUAAACAACUGGGCCACUGUUUCAACAGCCAUGCCAGGAGCUCAAAUUGAACCGGCGACUUCUGGAUUGCAAAGGUCCAGCGUGCUGACCAUUAUACCACGACAGCAUCCCUAUUUUUCGUAAGUCAUAAAUAACACAGCAAUGUAAAACUUUUAAUUAACAAAAACCCACAUAAGCAGUAGAUACUGGAGAUCCCACCACAAGGUGUGCAUCUUGUAUGAUGCCUUGGCAUGUAUCGUGGCCGUUAUGUCUCAGUGUAACCGUGCCAAACUUGCCAGACGACUCUUAGCAGCAGCAGCCUGUCCCAGUGCUGUCCCAGGCUGGCUUCCGUUACUCGUACAGACACGCAAGGCUUAUUUAUGAUAUAGUGUGUUCAGCGAGACUCGAGAGCUUUGGCAGCAGAAAAAAAACGUAUUAACCCAUUCUAUAUUUAGGCUCUCGAGCUCUCAGACUCACCAUGAGAGAUUUCAUAGAUGAUGAUGGAUGUGCAGAGUGUGUGUGUGUGCGUCAAAUAAUCAGCAUUGUUGCAUUAAUGCAUGGAAUGCCUAUCCUAGGGAGAAUAACAAAUACAAGUACAUUAUAUAAAUGAUGUGCCAGACCAGGUCUUUAGCUUAGCCGUCAAUGCUUUUAAAUGAUUGCGUAUAAAACAUUGUCAUCUGAAAAAAGAUGCAGUUACACAACAUGAAGAAAUUUGUAAAUAUCCCCAACAUAGUGAGCAUUGCUUAAAAGGCAGGAACAUUAGUUUGUACCAACAAAAUAUAUGCAUUAAGCCGCUAUAGAUAUUUGCAAGGGGGUUGCCUGCCUAAAAUAUCAAGUAAGCCACCUGUUAUGAAGCAUACUCUGCAGGGUCCCACGAGAAUGAACUGCAUAUUAUUUACUCCUGAAGGUCCCUCCCUUUCCUGGCACAACUCAGGCUGGGAAAUGCAGUGAUAGGCAGUUCGUGUCCCACCAGCCUACUGUUUCUUAAUCACGCAGAUGUCGCAAGAACAUCCCGAAAGUGUGAUGGAACUAAAGUCAUGCCAGUGUUUUUGUUGCUGGAUUUUGAGGCUAUGCAGUUGUUCUAACAAUGGCUGUGACACUGUCUCUGACAUCCUGCAAUCUCAGAAGUGAAGGUCUGGAAGGAAGGGUGUGUCCACAGUUGGCUUAAGGCUCCACGUUCAAAGUCACGCAGUUUUUUUUUCACAAGCCUCGCGCCAAGGCUACUCAAGCGAACGGACCAUUCGACCAAAUCUAUACCCCCGGCGUUGGCCACCAUGACCUCGGGGAGAUGUUCUUGGCUUGUGGUUGCUCUGCUCUUCAUUGCUCCAGCGGCCACGUGCCCAGCCGUUUGCCGGUGCGAUGCAGACAAUGAACUCGUCUACUGCAAUGACAAGAACUUGACUUCGGUUCCGAUUGGAAUACCUGAGAACACGCACGUGCUGUAUCUCCAAGAUAACCUGAUUACUGCGGCUGGGAUUCCUCUUGCGGUAAAGAAUUUGACCAAUUUGAAAUUGCUAUAUUUGUACGGAAAUCGACUAGAGUCCUUCCCAAUAAAUCUACCAACAAGUCUCCUCGAACUACAUCUGCAGAUGAACAAAUUACGUAGAAUAUCCACAGAGGCUCUUUCGCAGAUUCGUCUGCUGGAAAAGCUUCACCUCGAUGACAAUGCUCUUGCCACGAGUGAGAUUGAGCAAGGCGCCUUUCGAGAAUUAAGUUCUAUUAAAGGUUUGUUUUUCUCCUCUAAUCAAUUGUUGUCUGUGCCUUAUGACCUUCCGAAAAGUUUGGAAGAACUACAACUGGAAAGCAAUCGGAUCACAACAAUAUUGGAAAAUACUUUUGAAGGAAUGGUGAACCUAAAGCAUUUAAAUUUGGACUGGAAUGCAUUAACGAGUGAAGGUAUUCAUGAUAGUUCAUUUGCCGACCUUGUGGAGCUGGAAGAACUGUCGUUAGCAAACAAUUUACUUACUUCACCACCAAGAAUUUUUCCAGGAACAAAUUUGCAAAAACUGCAUUUGCAACAUAACAACAUCACAACAAUUCCAUCAAACUCAUUUUUGUCUUUACAUAACCUUGUUUACCUCGAUUUAUCAGAAAACCACAUACAGAGUUUGCCCGUUGAAGCCUUUAGUGGACUGAACAACCUGAAACAACUCACACUUCAGAACAAUCCAUGGUUGUGUGACCGCAAGCUCCUGUUGCUCAAAGACUUCUUGGAAACAAGUACUGUGCAUGUGAAUGGAUUUAUUUGCAAUGAACCACACUACCUGAAAGGUGAAACUUACAAGGCAAUAAGACCUGAAAUGUUGAACUCUCGCAAUGCCCAGCUGUCUACAUCUUUAAUGGUAAUGGAAAAUGCCACUUUGAGGCCAACUACAAAAUACACUACAACACAUGCUUCGAGCGAGGUUCCUGAAACCACGUCAGCCAGCGAUUUCACGACAAACCAAGAAGGGAAAACUACGGCCAUACCUACGUUUGUAACUACAACAAGUAAUGCAACCUCAGAAACUACUAUGGCCCCAACAACAGAUCAUUUAACAUCACAGAGCUACAACAAUCCUGUGUUAAGAGGGCAGUCAAUGGGCGAGCAAGAAAUUAAGGUUGAAUGGGAAUUUAUGCAUCCCAAUGCAUUAUAUAAUCUCAGUUGGACAGAAACUGAAAAUAAAACUCCCGUGGCAGGGACAUCGUCGGAAAUAGUCUACGGCAGCCCUCCUUCAUAUGUCAUCACGAAACUUCGGGCAGAAACAGCUUACAGGAUAUGCUUGGAACUCGUACGGCAUGACAGUACGUUACUUCAGGACACCGCGGCAAUUUGCACGGACGCACGGACAAAUGGUUCUUUGCCAAAUAACCUUACUUUGUUUUUAAACCAGGACCAAACCAUUUUAGCUGACAAAGGUCUUCCCAUUCCAGUCGCUGGUCUCCUAGGAGGAAGCGUUGCCUCUGUGCUGGUGUUGGUGCUUCUCGGUGCUCUGUGCUGGUACUCGCACAAAACUGGGCGCUACUUUGUUACACGCAGGGCACCCAGAAAGGCAUCCCGCUUGAGGAAUGUGAAGCAACAGUAUCCAAACAAGCAAAGAGUCUUCGAGAUGAAUGUACCGCCGCACAAGCGGGAACAAUUAAACAGCCAUGUGCACGAUGGUAAAAAUAUAGACAACGUAAAAAACUGUAAUUUAAAUGCUGAAAACAAUACAAACCCACUGAAUACAAACGAGCUGUGUGCAUGACCUCAGUGGCUGCACUGGACAGUGAUGGCUUAUAUGCCGCUAAUGAAGCCCACGUCAUGAAUUUUAGCAUCGAUUAAUUAAAACAUUAAAAACGAUUUUGUCAUCUGAGCUGUUAAAAUAUUACUAUUUGGCACUCCAUGGUCCAUGAAUGACAAAUGCGAUGUACGUGUUUUGUAAAUACGUUGUGAAAAGUAUAAGGUGUUUUUUUUUAAUUUACAUUGAGGCACUAUGUGGUCAAAUUGAAUUUCCUUGUCGUGUGCAUAUCAUUUUUACGAGUGGGCAACUUCAGGUUAUGUACGCAUACAACGGAUUAGGCUAAAUGACUUAAACACAUGUUUUGACCCUUGCUGAAAAAGAGUACAGUAUAUGAAAUCUAAACUGUUUCAAGAACAGAAAUGGUCAGUUUAACACGUAGGCUUUCGCGACCAAUAUUAUUCAUAAUAAAGGUUUUUGGGUUAGAUCGCGUUAUUUAUAAAUG